GGGCCGUACCCCCAAUCUAUCUUACAUCGUACGGUAUUGGUUAAGGGCCGUUUUGCUGCGCAUGCGCCAAAAAAAGCGGCAGUUGCAUCGCAGCUAUCCGUUUUGUGGUAUCAUUUAUUGUAUUGCGCUCGUACGGUGUACACUGCUGAGAGUCUACAGACGUGUUUAUUGUACGCGAAGUACGCUGAUAGUCAUCGCAAUAUCUCCUUCGAUUUGCCUUUCUGCCCUGUGGAGUCAACAUGAAGUCCAUCACUACCGCAGUGUUACUUCUUGUCCUCUGUACAUCUGCAUAUUCACUUCCUGUCGAAAAUCUAUCAUCCACCAACGAUAUUCUCAAGCAGCUUGCCGGCGCAGUGAAUAAAAUGCCGGAAUUGAAGAACUUUAAUACAUCCGUAAUAUUCGCUAUUAAAAAGGCGAGCGAUCUUUUGACGAAGUGCGUUGAGAAUGGCCAAGCGAACGCGUUCCAAGCUAUCCUAACAACCCAUGUGGAGAUGACAGAUUGUGUUAAUUCAUUAGUUAAUGUCAAGGAGCUUACGGCGGAAAUAGAAAAAUACAAACCGACCGGCGAACUGGAUGUAGUGUUUGAGAAGUACUGCAACAGGCGCUCGACUCUGCAAGGCUGCAUGACCAAGUACAUGAACACGAUGGAGCUCUGCAUGGAUGAGAAAGAGAAAGAAACCAAGAAAAUUAUAAUGAAUGUCACCGCGUCACUGUUGGAGUUCCUUUGCCACAAAAACGGAGAUCGCAUUGGCCUUUUUAUGUUAACUGAUGGACCCAAAUGCUUUCAAAAGAAGGCGCAAGAGAUUCAAAAGUGUGCCAAUAAAACGUUCGGUAGCUACAUACCGGAUAUUUCCUCUAAUCUCGUAGGGUUGGAUAAUCUAUUGAAGCUGAAGUUUGAUCGCAAUGGAUGCAUGGACAUAAGCAACUUCCAAACUUGUACGGUGGAAGAAUUGGAGAAAUGCGAGGACCCAACCGCUGCAAAUAUAGUGUUCUCCACACUCCGUUAUGUUCAGAAAAUAACGCCGUGUGAAAAAUUACUAACAGCGUAAUCUGAUUAAUUUUUAUUCUGAUCGACAAUUCGCCGUUAAUAUUUAAACAUUCUUUCUCUGUAACAGACAAAACUUUUUAUACUUUUUUAAAUAAAUCUACAUAAUUUUCUCGCA